AUGCUCUUCAUUACUUUCUACAAACCCCAAACAUCAAUCACUAUAGAUAUGGAGGAUCCUAUUCAAAUCAAGAUCGAGGAUAAAACACUCGGUGUAAAAGAAGAGAAGGUUGAGAUAGAAAAAGAUGUGGAGACUAAAUCAGUAGAGAAAGAGAAGAAACAUAAUGAUGAAGAGAAAAAGAAGGAUAAGGAGAAGAAAAAGGAAAAGAAGGAAAAAGAUGAGAAAAUUGAUGUAGAGAAUGUUAAGAAUAAAGAAGGUGGUGAUGAAAAGAAGGACAAGAAGGAGGAAAAGAAAAAGGAAAAGAACGAGAAGGGAAAAGAAGAUCAAGACAAGGACGAAGAGGGUGAAGUAUCUGUAAGGGAUAUUGAUAUAGAAGAAACAAUGAAGGAAUCAGAAAAAGAAGAUGACAAGAAAGAAGUUAAGGAGAAGAAAAAGAAAAAAGAAGACAAGGGAGAGAAGAAGAAAAAACCUUCAAAGACCAAUGAUGUUAGCACACUGAAACAAAAGCUUGAAAAAGUGAAUGGAAAACUAGAAGCACUUCUGGAAAAGAAGGCUGAUAUAGAAAGACAGAUUAAAGAAGCUGAAGUUGGAGGUCAUGAAAUUAAUGGGAAGGACAAGGGAGAGGUAUAG